AGUACUUGUUGACAUGUCGAGUCUCGAGUGUCGUGUCGUUGAAAUUGACGGACAGAAAAUAUAGCAAAAUACAUCAUACAAGCUGGAAGUUGGGGGUUUCUAACCUGGUUAUUGUGCAGUGCUAGUUCUACUUUAUAUCAAUUUUUAUUCAUUAUUAAACUUGAUAUGACUGUGAAUAUUUCCAUUUCAUUCAAACAGUAUAAAUAUCAAAUUAUCAAAAACAUAGCCUAGCUAUUGUUCUAAAUGUAAUUAUUUCUUGAUCCGCGUGUUUUAGUGCAAAAUGACUCCAAAACUUAAACUUUCGGAAAAUCUGGUCCAGAGACUACAGAAUAUAAACGAGGAAAAACUUGGAGCUCUCUAUGGUUUGAUGUAUGAUGGAAUAUUGUUGGUGAUUGGUUUGAGUAUUGAGGUGGAAGGAACGUCAUUUCAAGAGCUGCAAUCUCAUUUUCCAACUGAAGUCGAUUUCUGCGGAAUUGUUACAUUCAAAAGCAGUCACAAAGAAGAGAUUACUUCGUCGAUUUCUGACCAAUUGAAGGAAGUGCUCGUCUCAGAUAACCCACUACUAUUGAAUUAUGAUCAGUGUGAAAAAUCACUGCAAGCUUUCUUCUGUCACAAUGAGAAACUUGUUGAAGCAUGCUACGAUAUAUUGACUGAAGCAGACGUGUGUCAAAUUUUCGCGCACAUUCGACUGCAGACAUGUCUCCCCUUUGUGUGUGAACUUGGAUCUGAAGCCAUUUUUGAAGCUAUUAAUGCACUGCAAAAAAAGGUAUCGUCAGGGAGUGUGGCUUUUCGAAUUUCAGAUUCGAAUAUCUAUUUGUUUGGUGAUGAGAUGGAAGGACUCAGUCCAACAGUUGGCGAAUUUUUCUCAGGGACAGCGAGCGACCACAUUGAGGGAUCUCCCCGGAACUUAAACCAGAGUAAAUCGCCGAACAAACAUCAACAAUCAUCUGUUGACAACUUGCGAGUAAUGCGGGUGUCACUGAUGCAGAAAUGUACAAGAGACUCACAAACUGAAGGAGGACUAAAAACCGCUCCUGUUCUACAAUUUAUAAAACAUGGUGAUGGCGAGGAUACGCAGAGACUGCGACUGAUGCUGCCGAUCGACGGCCUGUCGAUGGUGCACCUGGAGCGGAAGGCGUCCGAGCUGUACAACGUGUUGGUGGACUCGCUUUGCCGGUCGCUGCGACUGCUGGAGCGGUCGCUCAGUCGCGGCCAACUGCCGCCGACCUCCGCGCCAUCUGUCCUCCACUUCCGGCCGCCGGCCAUCGGCCACUUCUUCACCGCUGUCUACCCCAAGGGUCAGUCGGACGAUGACCUUGAGUCCGUGCGCCGGACCUUCCAUCAGCAGCUGCAUCUGCCCACUAACAAGCCCCUCUUUCGACCCAGCAACGCCCACAACUUCGACAAGAAAGCGGCCACCUCUAAUCUACUCCACAAUGUGCAUGAAGGUCUUCCCCCGUCUGGUGUCAAGGAUGGCCAGGUUGGAGUGGUGCAAGGCCGCUAUGCCUACCAUCACUACAUGCAAGACGGGAAGGACGACAACGGGUGGGGCUGUGCCUACCGCUCACUGCAGACUCUCGUCUCCUGGUUCCAGCUGCAGGGCUACACUAACAGGGAAGUGCCGACACACACCGACAUACAACGCUGCCUGGUGGACCUGGGCGACAAGCCACCCUCGUUCGUGGGCUCACGCCAGUGGAUAGGCUCGACCGAGGUGAACUACUGCCUCGACGCCAUGCUCGGCGUCACCUGUCGCAUCAUGUUCGUCUCGUCGGGCGAAGAGCUCACUGAGCGAGGCAGCGAACUGCUCAUGCACUUCACAACUCAGGGCACACCCAUUAUGAUAGGCGGUGGUGUCCUAGCUCACACCAUACUAGGUGUCGACUUUAAUAGAGAGACUGGUGACAUCAAAUUUUUGGUGCUUGAUCCGCACUACACGGGUGAAGAGGACCUCAACAUCAUCCAGAAUAAAGGCUGGGUCGGUUGGAAAAAGCCCUCAUUCUGGGAUAAAAAAAGUUUUUAUAACCUUUGUAUGCCGGUGAGACCAGUGUGCAUUUGAAUGUUCAACAUACAAACUCAGUUGUUUCUUUUUUGGUACUCAUUGAUGAAUGUAUUGGAUUUUUAAUAUAAAUAUAAUAUAUAUGUUUUUUAAUA